UUCUACGUUAGUUUUGAGCGAAACAGAGAUAGGAAAAAUUCAUCCUAGGGUUUAAGGUUCCUCUUUCUCUGCCAUCAUCAAGCACAAACGUAUCACAGUAAUGGCGGAAGAGACAAACUCCGAGCAUCCCAACUCGGCUGCCGAGGAGAUGGACCUAGAGCCCGCCCAGGUUUCUAAGGAAACCGCCGCGGCCGAUGAGCCCGCCACCAAUGGAGACCCCAACUCGAAGCGAGCGAGGGAAGAAGAAAACGAUGUAGUUUCGAAGAAGCAGAAGGUGGGUGAGGGCGAGAAGUCCGUGGAGGAAGAACGCUUAGAGAAGUUGGGAGAGGGAGAUGAGCAACAACCGAGUCCGGUUGAAUUAGGUCCGAAGACUUUCGGAUCAUCGGUUGAAAUGUUUGAUUACUUUUUCAAGUUUUUGCACUACUGGCCUCCUAAUAUUAACAUUAACGAGUACGAGCACAUGGUUCUGCUUGACUUGCUUAAGAAGGGCCACACAGAGUCAGAUAAAAAGAUUGGCGGAGGGGUUAAAGCUUUUCAAGUUCGAUUCCAUCCAAUGUGGAAGAGUAGAUGCUUCUUCCUCAUUCGAAAUGAUGAAUCUACUGAUGAUUUUAGCUUCCGCAAGUGUGUUGAUCAUAUUCUGCCUUUGCCAGAAGACCUGAAAAUUAAACCCGAUGCCAAUAGAGCAUUAGGCGGUGGAAAGGGUCGUGGUGGAAGGGGUGGUGGCGGGCGUGGUGGUGGGCGUGGAAACUGGAGAGGCAGAUCUAGAAACUGAAGUAUCAUCUCUAGUUCACAGGAGCUGGAGAUUAGAUGACCUUGAAAGAUUUGAAGGGGUUUUUUUAAAAAAAAAAAUGAAAAAGAAAAAGAAAAAGAGGAAUAAUAGGUAGCUGCUUUUCCUUAUCUAUUGAGCAAAAACUAUUGUAGUAUGCAAAAUUUUGACAUUAAUUAAUUUCUUAUUCUGAAUUAUGAUUGACAUCAUUAUGGGCCA